AUGAGCAAAACCCAUAAAACCACCGCCAAAGAUGGGAGGGCGGGUGAUGAUUACAAAGCCUUCAUAAUGUUUUCUCUUGCUCGGUCCUCGCUGCGCUGUGCGCACCGGGCCGGGCUGUCACGGCCAAGAUUGGUGCCGGGGGCCGUGGCUCAGAAUAGGACUCAGCCGCGAUGUUAUAGUGUAUCCCGGCAUCCUCCAAAGCUUGAGGUCUCGGAGGAGCCCGCCAGAACUGAUCCCCCCAAUUUUUCGUCAUCUGUAAAGGAUGCCAGGGCCGACCAGACUGGCCAGGCCACCACUCACGUAGACUGUGUGAAUCCUUCCCGGGCCGUGGAAUUCAACCCCACCACCAAGAUAAAAUCCAUAACCGACCUGCCCAUUUCCAACCUGCUCGACGUGUAUCCUUCAGAGAGUGACCCCUCCCGUAUGAGAGUGCGUGGGAUCGAUAUAGAUGAUCCGUUGACUGCCAAAGGCCGCGUCGUCGGUGUCCGCCGGCACGGCUCCAAGUUGCUGUUCCUAGACAUUGUCGGCAACUACGAGAAGCUGCAGGUCAUGGUCAAUUUCAAGACCUUGCAAGACAAGUCCCCGGACGAGUGGGCCGACGCCACUGCCGAGGACUUUAGAGAAAAGGCCGACAAGUUGCAGCGCGGGGACUGGGUCGUCGUCGCCGGCCACAUGGAGACGUCCAAGCGCGGCAGCCUGCGCAUGUGCGCACACAACCUCCCCUCAAUUCGCGCCAAGCCCGCCGCCGUGCCGCCCGAGUCCGUCACCGACGACGAGCUCAAGGGCCGCGCCCGCCACCUGGACCUGAUGCUCAACCAGCAGAGCGUCGAUGCACUGCGCGCCCGCGCCCGCAUCAUCCAGACCGUCCGCCGCGCCCUCGACGACCGCGGCUACGUCGAAGUGCAGACGCCGCUGCUGGCGGGUUCGGCCGGCGGAGCGGCUGCUCGCCCCUUCGCCACCACGGCGACCGAGUUUGGUCCCUCUCAGCGCCUAGCGCUCCGUGUCGCCCCGGAGCUCUGGCUCAAGCGGCUCAUCAUGGGCGGCAUGGACCGUGUCUACGAGGUCGGUCCUUGCUUCCGCAACGAGAGCGUCGACGGCACCCACAAUCCUGAGUUCACCAUGUGCGAGUUCUACGAGGCCUGGGCAGACCUGGACCACCUCAUGGUCAUGACGGAGCGAUUGAUGAAGCUCAUCAUCUCCGACCUCGAGGGCGCCACCAGGGAUGCACAGGCCGUGGGCCGUCGCGCCUGGAAACUGCCCGACGCCAACCCCAUCGCUGCCAAGUUCUGGGAGGAAGGCACAACGCCCAAGGUGCACUUCAUCAGCACGCUCGAAGAAGCGCUUGGCUUCAAGCUCCCCGACCUGGAAUCCGACACUGCGUUGGCGGAACUUGUGUCGAAACUGCGCGAGCGGGGCCAGGACGCCGACGUCCUCGCCGGCGAUGACCCGGAGCAGGGAGACGCCACCGCCCCGGCACCGGUGACAUUACCCAAGCUCCUCGACCGCCUGGGUUCCAAGUACGUCGAGAACGGCGCUGCGGCCGCCACCGGCCGAGCGUUCUUCGUCACGCACCACCCGGCCUGCAUGGCGCCCUUGGCGCGCAGCGGCGUGUGUCCCGUGACCGGGCAAAAGGUUGCGCUCAGGGCUGAGUUCUUUGUCGACGGUGUCGAGCUGGCCAACAUGUACGAGGAGGAGUUUGAAGCCGACGAGCAGGAGGGCAAGUUCAGGGCGUCGGCGCGGUCGAGGAGCGUCGUGCAUGAGGUCGACCUUGACGACAACGAGGCUAGCUACGUCGAGGCCAUGCGUGCCGGUAUGCCGCCCACCGGAGGAUGGGGCUGCGGCAUCGACAGGCUCGCCAUGCUCUUCACCGGUGCGCCGAGGAUACGGGAUGUCUUGACCUUUGGGAACCUGAGGAACGUGCUGCACGCGACGCGUUCGCCGGCCCGGGUCAAGGCGGAUGCCGCAUCGGGGGUUUCUGGCGAUGCAGCUAGCGAGGGGAUUGUCCAUCAGUAG